AGUUGCGCGCGAGUCGGCCCUCGUCCGCCGCCAUGUGCCGCGCCAACUAAAAUAGUGUAGGAAUUACUCUUUAAAUAAAACCGAUAUAUUUAUUAUUAUUUUUUAUUAAAAUGGCAUUUGUAGUGAGAAAGUGUAUUGUGAACUUAAGGAAUUUGAAUAGGUGUCGUAGAAUUCAAAUUUAUAGUCAAAUUGAUAAAAAUUAUUCAAAAGUAUGUAGCAUAAAGAAUCUUCAAUUAAAUAUUAUGAAAUAUGAAAGGCGGCAGUUUCACACGAGUAUAUCGACUCACAAGACAGUCGCUUUCAAUCUGUCUGACAUCGGUGAAGGCAUCAGAGAAGUGGUCAUCAAAGAAUGGUUCGUAAAAGUAGGUGACAAAGUGCAACAGUUUGACAAUAUCUGUGAAGUGCAAAGUGACAAAGCUGCAGUCACCAUCAGUAGUCGAUAUGAUGGUGUCAUUACCAAACUUUAUCAUGCUGUAGAUCAAACGGCGCUGGUAGGACAACCACUUGUAGAUAUUGAAAUCGAAGGCUCUGAUGAUGAAGAUACAUCACAAAGUCUAAAACCAGAGGAGUCAAGCCCAUCAGCAAAAGAGACCGAAACAAAACAAAGAGUGAAAGUAUUAACCACACCUGCAGUAAGAAGAAUCGCGUCACAGUUUCAAGUAGACCUAAGUCUGAUAAAGGCCACUGGAAAAAACGGAAGGAUAAUGAAAGAAGACGUGCUCUCACAUCUCAACAUAUCCUCAGAUAAAUCUAAUGAAGUUCCAGAGGAAACGUCAACGUCAUUACGGGCAGUCUCUAUUCCAUUAACUGCUGCACACGCUAAAACUGAAAUAAUACUCGAUGAUAGGACAGUACCAGUUACAGGAUUCACUAAAGCAAUGGUGAAAUCUAUGACAGAAGCAAUGAAAAUUCCACAUUUCGGCUUUAGUGACGAAUAUGACGUGACGAAGCUUAUAGAGUCACGGCAAAUCUUAAAGAACCUGGCGGAGGAGCAUGGCGUUAGACUCACCUACAUGCCAAUUAUUAUUAAGGCCGCAUCUCUUAGUCUCACCUCUUUUCCUAUACUCAACAGCAGCUUGGACAGUAGUUGUGAAAAUAUAACCUACAAAUCAAGUCACAAUAUUGGUGUCGCUAUGGACACGCCCAACGGUUUGGUUGUGCCAGUUAUCAAGAAUGUACAAAACAAGAGCAUAUUGGAAAUAGCACGCGAGCUGAAUACACUCCAAGAAAAGGGCGUCAAAGGUCAACUCGGUCUCAAUGACCUCAGCGGUGGAACAUUUACAAUUUCAAAUAUAGGAAUAGUUGGAGGCACCUAUACAAAACCGGUUAUAUUCCCACCGCAAGUAGCGAUAGGUGCUUUAGGAAGGAUUCAGGCACUGCCGCGAUUCGAUUCAUCAGGAAAUGUUGUGAAGGCUAACAUUCUCACAGCGAGCUGGUCGGCGGAUCACCGUGUUAUAGACGGCGUUACCAUGGCUCGUUUCUCCAACUCACUCAAGAGAUACCUAGAGAAUCCUUACACACUCCUCCUAGACCUUUAGUUAAUCUAUCUC